AUGCGUUCCUCCACCUCAGUUGCUGUAGCCUGCCUGGCCGCCUCCGUCUCGGCCCACGGUGUCGUGACCAAGGUCACCGGUGCCAACGGUGUUGAGAUGCCCGGCCUGACUGUCGCUGAUGGCACACCCCGUGACUGCUCCUCCAACGGCUGCGGCUCGCAAGCCGACACCGCCAUCAUCCGCGACCGGGAGAUCAGCUCGGGCGCCGUCGGUCCCUUGGGUAAGACCCAGGGCAACGGCCCCGUCGACCCGGCCAUGAUGAUCAAGGUCUUCAUGGGAGAUAUGGACGUCGCCCAGGCCCCGACCAACGGUGCCAACUCGGGUGUCGGCCAGGAGGAUGACCUGAGCAACGCCCCGGCCGCCGCCAAGGGCAACAACAGGGUCCGCCAGCUCCUCGCUGGCCUCCUCGGCGGCGGCGGCGGCGGUGCCAACGCCAAGGGCACCAAGAGCACCGGCCCCCCAGAGGCCAACGUCAAGGCCCUCGCCGGCGCCGGAUCCAGCCAGGGCAUGCCCACCGCCAACGAGGACGGCACCGUCGACGUGACCUUCCGCCAGAUCAACCAGGACGGCGCCGGUCCCCUCGAGGCUAUGGUUGACGGCACCUCGGGCGGCACCGACAUGGCCGCCUUCCAGGAGGCCCAGGUCACCCAGGACGUGCCCGGCCUCGUCGCCGGUAUCUCGGCCACCACCACCUCCGACUUCCCCGUCAAGGUGCAGAUGCCCGCCGGUACCACCUGCGACGCCACCGUCGGCUCCGCCACCAACGUCUGCGUCAUGCGCCUGCGCAACAACACGCCCGCUGGCCCCUUCGGCGGUGCCGUCGCAUUCACUCAGACCCCCGCUGCCCGCAAGAGGGCUCUGGAGUACCGCAAGAAGAUGAAGAAGGCCCGUGCCUUCCAGGCCUAA